UAUAAAGACAUGCAAUUUUGAAAUUAACGUCGGAAGUUUCUGUGGAAAUUCCAAGAUGCAUCUAUAAUUGAGCGUUCUGCGCAGUUUCUUUAACAUUCGAUACUGGAAUAUCUGAAGUAUCAAUAUGGAGGGAACAGUGUUUAUUAUUUUUAUAACUUUGGCUUUAUUGCACAGCUGUACAGCGUGCACGAACAACGAGCCAUACGCCUGUCUUAGCACGGAGACCACCACAGAGGUUACCGUGGGAUGGUGCUGGGAUGUAACGAAGUUGUUCCGAUGCAAAGAGGAACACCCAGGUACAAAAACUGUGUCACGCACAUGUCACCGAACUGUGUGCUGCGAGGGGUACCAGCGCUCAAACUCAUGGGAUGAAUGUAAAGCCGUUUGUUUCGGAUCAAAUUCCUGCCAGAACGGAGGAUCAUGUGUUGCCAGGGACAAAUGCAUUUGUCCAAGUGGAUAUGUCAGCCCAAAAUGUGCUGACGAAAAUGAGUGUUCCGUUAAAAAUGGAGGAUGCUCGCAUGCUUGUAGAAACACUAUAGGCUCCUUCCACUGCUCUUGUCAUCCCGGGUUUACUCUUGACUCGAACCAGCUAACUUGCAAAGCCGUUUGUUUCGGAUCAAAUUUCUGCCAGAACGGAGGAUCAUGUGUUGCCCCGGACAAAUGCAUUUGUCCAAGUGGAUAUGUCAGCCCAAAAUGUGCUGACGAAAAUGAGUGUUCCGUUAAAAAUGGAGGAUGCUCGCAUGCUUGUAGAAACACUAUAGGCUCCUUCCACUGCUCUUGUCCUCUCGGGUUUACUCUUGACUCGAACCAGCUAACUUGCAAAGCAAUUGCAACAACGCCACCAACUACAACUCCCGACGUGUGUAGUACCGACAACGGCGGAUGCUCCCACUUUUGCGUCAAGGUGAACGAAACUGUUCGAUGUAACUGUCCAGCCCAAAUGAAUCUCGCGGACGACAAUGUCACCUGCAUAAGCGACAGAAGUACACCUAUUGAUAAAGUGGUUCCUCAUUACCACCGAAUGGCUAUUUUGCUCUGCCUUGGCUCUGCAGUUCUCCUGUGUUUCCUGAUUACGUUAGUUAUGCUUACGAAGAGGUAUGGUUGGCGUUGGUCACAUUCUUGUGGAUACAGGAAGCUGCCAACAGAGGAGCAAAAAGUAUGGUUGAUUGCUGAGGAGUAUAGCAACGAGGCCGAUGAAAACGAGUUGCUUAUACCUCCACCUUAUCAAGAGAAAAUGGAUGGUCCUGAUAUUUACAUAUAAGGGAGACAACUCACUUUGUCGGCCGAACUGUUCUCUUUCAGUAAUUACAUACCUUUGGUAAUGAGGUUAGAUAAGAAUUGUUGUUCCCCGACAUAAUGAGUGCCACAACACGACCAAGUAGAACAAUGUUUAAAUGGACAAAUUAUUUGACAGAGCAUCUCUCAAUUUAUUAUUCAUCGAAAAUAUGUGAUCUCGAGGAUUUCGACAAACAUACUUGCUCCAGUAAUGGAAUAAAGACAACCGAGUUUGCAAUUGUCACUAGAUAUAUCCCCCCCCCCACUCCGAUGGACAUCAGAAGGCGUUUACGAAAAUUUAACUUCUAAAUGGCUUGACAAUUCGUUGACCUCUAUUGUACCUGAACUAUUUGAAUCGUUUAAGAAACUAAUAUCAGAACUUUAGUCGAUUUACAAAGUAAAAAUUUGUCCAUCAGAUUACUCACUUAUAUUAUACAUUUCAUUCAUAAUUAGUGAGUCUAUGGUAAUAUUAUAUUUCACUGUAAGACCUAUAUUAAAGUUGUUCGACCGUCCGUAUCGUUUUUACUUGUUUCUUUUUACUUGUUCAAUUUGUUCGUCAAUGUACAUUUCAUUUUAAAGAUCGUAACUAAUAACUUAUGUUUUUUUUCAAAAUGUAUAUCUUGCUAUAGUAUUAUAAGUUUCAUUGUUGCACAUACAUCUAAAUGGCAGUUGUAAGUCACAACGAGCAUAAUUUCCCUUUUUGACAUUAUAAAAUUGUGAGGUUGUGGUCAUAUGAACUAGUUUAAAUCUCCAGUAGACUCGUGUUCCAUUUAAAUCGCCAUUUCAAGGCGGUGAUCCCAUCAUUCAUCGGUUUAAAGCUUUUUUGAUGCGUGCGUGGUUGUGUUGUUAAGUGGUUGUGUUGUUUGUUCAUGUAAUGUAGGUGUUGUUUGUACGUUUGUGUCACUCGUUCAGUGCCGUUUGGCCCCUUGCCGUUUGCCUCUACACAAAGUUUACUCAAAUUACUUUUUACAACUGGGCCUUUGGUUUAUUUCCAUAGUUUGGUUUUACAAUUAUAUAUUUGUAUGCCUUUAGGGAAAUACAAACUUUAAAUUGUUGUCAAAAUAUUUUAAAAUAUUUUUAUAGUUGAGUGAGUCAAGUUCUACACAUAAACUUCUGUAUAUAAGUUUUCAGACAUUAAACACGCAAUGUGUCGAGCAUUUCAAUUUGCUGUUGUUUAGUUUUGUCCUGUCCAUUUUUUCGGUCACUUGCACUGUCCUUAAAUCAUCCUGUAUCACUCGAUAACUGUUUGUUUGCUGAAAGUUUCCUUGCGAUAAAGGUAUAUAUUUCAUUCACCUUUUAAGUAAAUAUAGUUUUACGAUAAAUCAGAUUAGGUAUUUUAUCGUCAAUCUGAAAACAUUAUCUAUUGACCUAUGUUUAUCCGAUGUUUUCUCUAGUUUUGCUUUGUCAUAUACUCGUGCAUUUAAGGAUAAUUUAUUUUGAUGUAUUAUUGUUUAAUAAAAAAUAAACACCGA